GUUAAAUGCUCUCACUGUUGAAGUGAUCUAAUAAUAAUUAAUUAUAUGAAUUUGCAACAAGGAAUAGGAUUGGCUAAAUGUUAUGAUAACAUUUGGGAUGACGAUCAGAUCUGCGCUGAAGCUACUGAAGACUGAUCUCCUCAGAAGCCUAACUUUACAAGGCAGUUCUCAAACACUCUUAAGGAGAACAAAGGUAAACCUUGAAAAGAGGUCAGAGAGGUAGCAUCUGAAAGCCUUUGAGUGCCUGAAGAAUCCAGUGAUGGCUUGUCUGAAGAAGAGAACGACUUUGAGUUCAAAGCUGAGCUUAAAGGGAGUCUGAUAAAGCAAAUCAUGAAACCAAUGAAGUUUGAUUUCAACUCUCCUUCUAACUAUGCUAGCCAGAUCCUCACUGAGAAAGAAGGUAUACUACUAAGAAAAAUUUCUUCAAGGAAGAUUUUAAGAAUGCUGAUGGCAUAAAUUCCUGACGCUUUUCCUUUGCACUCAUCAGCCACGAUAAAUAU